UCAGAAAGUAUGGACGUCAAUAUGCUUUAAAAAUAGUUGAUUAAGAGUUCAAUUGUUAUUCUUUGUUGUUAUCAAUGAAAUAUAAUGGAACAAUGUAAUUUUUAAUAAACGGUGAUAAUUUUUGUAGUGUUUUAGUAUAGUGUUAUUGUUUCAAAAUGAAAGUUGUUGAAGCGAAAAUCGUCGUUUUGGGCUCGCAAGGCGUCGGCAAAACAAGUCUCGUGGUACGUUACAUAGGCAAGAUGUUCUCCAAGCACAUAUCACCCACCAUCGGAGCCUCCUUCUUCACGUGCAACAUCAAUUUGGACGAUGCUAGAAUUAAACUUCAGGUAUGGGACACAGCCGGCCAAGAGAGGUUCCGGUCCAUGGCUCCGAUGUACUAUAGGAACGCAAAUGCAGCUCUACUGGUCUACGACAUCACCAGCGCGAACAGCUUCGCCUCCAUCAAGGGCUGGGUCAAGGAAUUGCAGAGUAACGUACCAGAUCCAAUGAUACUCUCCCUGGUGGGUAACAAGUGUGACCUGGAGUCUUGUCGCGCGGUUACGCAAAGCGAGGCGUCCCAGUACGCGGCGUCCAUCGGGGCUGCUUACUGCGAGACUUCGGCGCUGCACGACCAGGGCAUAGACCAAGUGUUCCUGAACACGGCGACGGAACUCCUCAAGCUGUCCUCGUCGAGCCUCGUCGCUUCCCUGCGCUCCUACGAUUCCACGGAAUAUGAUGAGAAGUUACCAAUCGGUAUUCCAUCAGAAGAGAAAGCGACCCAUACUGGCAAAAUAGAACUGCCAGCGUGGAGCAGUGAAGUCAAACUAGGAGAGACUCAGAAGAAUAUGUGUUGCUAGCACGGACAGACUCGUAUAUAUUAUAUAUAUAUAUAAUAUUACAUCUCAGAGCACAUACAUUGUAAGUUCUUAAAUUAUAGAAUUGAUCAUGUUUCUGUAAUAAUGGUUACAACAACUCGCAUUGGAGUGUGGUGGUAUAUCCUCUAAAACUGUCUCCCUUAUAGCUAAUACUUUUUUGGAAAUGCUAUAACAACUUCGGUAUUUCUAACAUUUUUAUAAACACUUAUUAAACACAUCUAGGGGAUGAUUUUUCAAAUAUUUCACAUAGUGUGAAAAACCUACCAAUAAUACUGCGUAGUGUGGCAGUCAAUCAGAACUCCUCGUUAGAUUUUUUCUAACUUUUGUUUUUUUUUAUUUCAUUACACCACGCUGAAAUUAAUAAUUAUUUUGUUUUUAUUACAUCUAUAUUAAUAUUACUAGAAGUGAUUUUUUUUUGUUUGUAGGAAAUAAUCUCUAAUGAUGUCAAUUCUUAAAAUGUUUUCACUGUUAGAAAACUUAAUUAUUCCUGAGUGCUAGAGUGUAUAAAUUAUAUUUAUAUCAAAACAUUUUCUUAAUUAAUAAAUAUCCGUGCGAAGCCGGGCCGGAUCUCUAGUUAAGAAUAAACGAAAAUACGUUACACUAGUAACACUAACAGACUGCAUAAAAUUUGAGGAAAAAUAAAAUUGUUGUCUUUGUUACUAAUGCCACUGACAAAACUGUAAACCGGUUAAAAGUAGUUUUAACUGCAAAUAAUAUGAAGAGUCACACAUUUAUGUUGACUCUAGAUGUCUUUGGUUAAUUUCAAGUUAAAUAAAUGUAAAAUUAAAAUAUUCCCUGUUCAUGUAGGCUCAUAAAAGCACAUGAAUUAAACGUAAAGCUAGAACCGGUUCUGAAAGUAGAUUGUGCUAAAAACUCGUUAUUAAUUAAUAUUUUCCAUAGUUUUUAUUUAUAUAUAUCUAAAAAUAUAUUCAUAAUAAUUUGGACUGUAACAAACAUAAUAAAAUUAAUAGUUUUACAUUUUGAUAUUUAAAAAAAAUAUCUUGCCUUAUUAAUAAUAAAUAUUUUUAUACAUAUCUAAAAAUAAUCUAGUUAAUAUUAAAUUUUAAACACUGUUUAUAGAUAUAACCAACACAAUAGUACAUUUCGUACUUAACAAACCUGACAUAUUUUUUACAAUAUGGCAGCUAACGUCAGCCAUAUUGACAUAUUUUAAUUUUAUAGCAUAUAAUCAUUUUGUGUACAAUACUAAACUAAAUUAAAUACACUUUACAUAUAGUAACACAGAAUUUAUUAUAAACAUGUAUGUACAAUAUUAUUAAAAACUUUUAUAUCAGGGACGUUCCGAUUCAGUUUUGUAGUAAAUGUUGCCAUUACCAACAAUGGUAAUUGUAUUUUUGUUUAAUCUAAUAACCUGUUAUACUCUUGUAUGUAUUAACUGUUUACAUUCCUUCGGAUAAAAUUAUCUUGCAUAAAUAAUAUGACUUUAUAAUUAUAAAAACUAGUAUAUGAAAAAUUAUCUCGAAAUAAUUAACCUUUAUAUAUUAUAUAUGUUGAUUGUAUAAAACAUACUUUACUAAAAUAUAAAUUAACUCUAACAAUAAUAGUAUUAUUAUGAAAUACUUAAAUAAAAUUAAAUAUUAAUGAAUCUGCUUAAUGAAAAAUAGUUUUAUUGUAAUUACAGUUUUAAUUUUUUGGUUUCUUUCGAAGUAUUCUCGCAGCCUUAGUUAUAUUUUAUGCUCGCAUGUUUUUGUAACAGGCAACAUUUCUUUUCAUAAUAAAUUAAAUGCCUUCUACACAUUUUCAUUGUUAUGUUGAUUCUAGUUUAUGUCAGCAUAGAUAAUGUAAAAAUUGUGAAUUUUUAAAGCGUGUAAAAAAUAACUUAGUAUUUGUAUGAUCUAUGUUUGUGUCUGAUAUAUGUAUAUUUUAUGUUCUUAAAGGCGUUUUAUCUUCUGGUAUGAGUUUUAUGUAUAUAGGUUUAGUCGUUUCACUUAGGUUAGUUUCAUUGUAACAAAAUCGUCUGCUCAUUUAAUAAUAAAUAUAAAUAUUUAAUUUGAUAAAUAAAUCAUUUUAAAAUGUUAAAAAAUCCUUAAACCAACAAUGAAUAUGACAUAUUUUAUUACUGUUAGAUAGGGAAUAUAGUAAUUGUUAUAUGAAAUUAAUAACAGAUAAGGGAAUUAUGACGUUAUUACUAACGUCUGUGGUCUGUCUGUGAUUGACAAAUUUAAAGAGCGAGCAGGAUAGCUAUAUUUUUUCCAACUCCCCAUGUAAUCCUCUCUCGACUAAACUCGUUUAUUAUUUUUAAUAAGUUUAGGAACUUGAUGGAAAAGUUAUGUUUACAUUUAACAGUGAUAAAGCUUGACAUAUCUGACAUAUAAUCUUUGUCAUAAUAACAUGUGGGUGUGUUUUAAUAUUCACAUAUAAGGUUAAUAUGGUAUAUUAGCCUUAUAUGUGAAUAUUAAGAUAUAUAAAUGAUAACUCAUUUGAUUAAAAUAGUUUUUAUAUAUGUAUAUGUCAAUUAAAUACAAUUGAUUUUAUAUAAAGCGUAUAUAUGAUGUUUAGUUAUAAUUUAAUCUAAUACGGCGUUACCUAUAAAAUUGUUUGGGGGGGGGUGAUUAAACAAUUCUGUCCUCUUCCUUUGUAUGAUGAUAGAAAGGGACAACUAAUUUAACAAGAAGAUGUUAAUAGGUCGCAUAUUAUUAUUUAGUUAUUUGAAGUACUUUGAUAUUAAAUUUAAAGUACACUCGGUCACAAUAAAUCGAUUUUUUUUUUCACAACUAUAUCUUGUAUAAGUUUUGAUACGUUCGAUGUAUCGAAUUUAUUUUAUUUUAGGAUUUACGUGACCUUAUUAUGAAUACGUACACUCGUAUUUUUACACAGUUUAUUGUAUAUCAUGUGAUACUAAGAAAUUAAAUGUAUUUUUUCAAUUA